CAAAGGCACAGGUCACCACAGGCAUGGAUUCUUCCUCCAAUUGAAUCCUUUUCACCGACAUAAUGAGCUCCCUUUGAAAACCUGUUGCCAUUUGCAAUUUAGCUCCACUCAAGACUCACGUUGGUCACUCGUUUCCACUUCUCUCCUCUCACCCCUCAGUCCCUCGUUUCUCACACCCUCGAUCGAAAACCGAUCUUUUUUCGAAAUCUCCGACAUGGGUUACGAGGGCAAUCUUGAUCAGGAAUCGGCUACGCCGCCGAAGAAGUCCCUCUUCAGGUACAACUCCCCCCUGGUCCAAGUCAGCCUCAUCGGGCUGGUCUGCUUCUGCUGCCCUGGCAUGUACAGUGCCCUCACCGGCAUGGGCGGCAGCGGCCAGGUGGACCCCACAGCGGCGAACAACGCGAACACCGCCCUCUAUGCCACCUUCGCCAUCUUCGGCAUCCUGGGCGGCGGAAUCUAUAAUGUCCUAGGCCCUCGCUUGACUCUUGCCUCUGGUUGUAGCACUUAUGCUCUCUAUGCAGGCUCUUUCUUGUACUACAACCACUACCACCACCAGACCUUUGCCAUCGUCGCCGGCGUGAUCCUUGGCAUCGGCGCAGGCUUCCUUUGGGCCGGGCAAGGCGCCAUCAUGACCUCGUACCCACCGCACGACCGAAAGGGCACUUACAUCUCCCUGUUCUGGGGUAUUUUCAGUAUGGGGGGCGUCAUUGGUGGGUUGAUCCCGUUUUUCAUGAAUUACAACAGGAGUGAGGCCAGUUCUGUGAAUGAUGCAACCUAUAUUGGAUUCAUGUGUUUUAUGACUGCUGGUGCACUUCUUUCCCUCGCAAUCUUGCCGCCAAGCAAGGUGAUUCGCGACGAUGGGACCAAUUGCACUAAGGUGGAGUACUCGAGCGUUUCGACUGAGGCGACCGAGAUUCUCAAGCUGUUCCUCAACUGGAAGAUGCUCUUGAUUGCCCCGGCCGCUUGGGCUGGCAACUUCUUUUUCAGCUACCAGUUUACUAAUGUGAACGGGGCCUUGUUCAAUUUGCGGACUAGAGGGCUGAACAGCGUGUUCUACUGGGUGGCCCAGAUACUGGGGUCGAUUGCAAUCGGUUAUGUGUUGGAUUUCAGCCUUUUGAGCCGGAAGAUGAGGGGUUACGUCGGGAUUGGGAUUGUUGCUUCACUUGGGACUGCGAUUUGGGGGGGUGGCCUUGCUAAUCAGCUGAAGUACUCUCGCCACGACAUGCCCGAGAAGUUGGACUUCAAGGACUCCGGUGUCGAUUAUGCCGGGCCAUUCGUGUUGUAUGUCAGCUAUGGAUUGCUGGACGCAAUGUUCCAGACCUUGGUUUAUUGGUUAAUUGGAUGCUUAGCUGAUGAUUCUGAAACUCUUAGCAGGUACGCUGGGUUCUACAAAGGAGUGCAGAGUGCGGGAGCGGCGGUUGCUUGGCAAAUCGACACGCGCAAAGUCCCGUUCCUCUCGGAGCUUAUCAUCAACUGGUCACUUAUGACGGUGUGCUAUCCCUUGCUGCUGGUUCUCGUUAAGUUGGCCGUGAAGGACGAUAAGGAGGGUGAAGAGGGAGCUGAAAGGGAAGUUGCUCCAUCUUUUGCUCAAUAGAGGGUUGAACAAUACGCGAAUCAUAUAUAUCCGGGUCGCUUCAACAACGCUGCUGAAUCGCGGAAUUCGUUACGUAUGGAGGUUUGCAAGUGAUCGAUUUUACUAAGGAGAAAAGUGUGCGUCUGUUUGACUGCCAGCUUUGAUUGACACUGUUCUGCUGAAAAAGCUAACUGUU